CCGCGUUUUUGACCGGUCGAAUCCGUAUUUUAUUGCUAAACAAUGAAAGUGUUGUCAUGAAGUCCAACAUAAUUGAAAUGUGAUCAGGAAUCGUACGGCAAAUACACUAGGACAAUUUCUUCGCAUCGAAAGGGUGAGGGAUGACUGAAGGCAACUCCAUCGACGAUCACUUCGUCUUUGACGAUGACUUGGACAUGUCCGUCGAUUCCAACCCCGAGAAUGUCAGUGAAGAAGAGAGGGCCAGAAAAAUAAUCAAGGAGAAUUUGAACACAUGCACUAUUGAUGAUUUAGAGGAGAGAGUUCUCAGUGUUGCGUGUCCCAUUCUCAAGGAGAAUGUGAUAGAAAUUAUUGAUCAGAUAGAGAGUAAACUCGGGGAGGAUAGGGGCAAGAGUGCAAGAAUUUUCGAUGACCUCUUCAUCAAGUGUCAGGGUGCACUUGAACCCUGGAAUGAAUUGAUGAGUCACGUGGAGAAGUUGGGAAAGUCCUGUGACCCCGCGAGAUUGAAGAGUUUGAUCGAUAAUUUUCCGAAUGUAGUCAUCAAGAUUUCGGGGCACUGUAAGAGUAAGAGACAGCAGUAUCCGAAGGAGCAGUUGCCUCCGCUGCUCUCCGAUGUCUUCAGGAAGUCCUGCGUUAUCGUCAAGAUGUUCUGCAAUCUCCUCAACUCAAUGGUCUUCUCACCUCAGAACGACCUGGAAGCGCUCAGACAAAUCGUCUCGGAGAUCGGGGAAAUCGCGAGACUGUCGACGUACGAUCUGGUGACGAUGGGGCAGUGCUGGAGGAUUUUUAUGAAGCUGACAGUCACCCAUAAGGAUAUCCUCGCCAGCGAGGGCUCAGUCGGCGACGUCAGGAGUCAUUUCAAGCACUUAACCGUCAUCAUCAAUUCUCUGUACAAUAAUAUAAUAAAAUCGUCAGGGGAACUCUUCGAGAAACGAGCGAAGUGCACAGUAUUUCUUCUAACGAUCCUGGAUCGUCUUCACUCCGUCUUCUGCACGGACCCUCCUCCGAACGAUGACUUCGUCCGAGAAAUGAUUCCGAAUUUGGUCAACUUAUCCGCGAACCACGUGAUGUGCACUGGAGCCAAACUCAAGGAGAGCGAGAAGGAUAUUUACAAGGCGAGAGCCAAAAUCAUCACUUCGAACUUCGCUGAAUCGGUGAUAAGCUACUACACAGGCUUCGAUGGGUUCUGGAAGAUAUUCCUGGAGGAAUUCGAAGAAGUGAGAAAAAAGGACCUGAAAUAUGCCAUUGGGUAUCAUUCGAUUCUUCUGGCGACGAAUGAGACAUGGAGACCCCCAAAUUUGUUCUUUCAAAUUGCGAUUGAGAAUAUUAAUCAUCUCCAAGAGGAGAUUCUGAUCGGAUCCUUGGACUUUCAGGUGUUGAAUGAUGAACCGAAAAGCGUUUAUGAGUCGACGUUAUCAGUUCUGAUUAGUUUUCUCGUCCGAGGAAUAGAGGACUUCGAAGUUUACGAGAGGAUCGUGAUGAAGAACCUGAUGAGAGAGAGUUUGUGGCCUUCGCUGAUGGCUCAUGAUGUGCUACAACAGGUGUAUAGGGUCUCCACGGAGGACCUCUUGGUGACUCACAUUCAGCAGUUCAUGGGGGCCUAUGAGGUCCUGAAGGAUCGCGGUGACAGCCUCGUGGCGGUCGUGCUGGGGAGAUUGAUUGUCGAUGUUUAUGAGCUGCUUUGUAAUGAGGGAAAAGAGGCGGUUCUGGAGAAUUGUGGCGGCCCGGGGAGUCUUCGGUUGAUACUAAAAAGUGGAUCAUCCGACGAGCCUAUCCGGGCCAAGCAGGUGGCCUUGUACAGGAAAAUUACAGCUGUCGAGCCAGUCAAUAGUCUUCCACAAGUUAUUGCGGAUUUACGCCGGCAGCCGACUGUUAAGAAUUGGAAUCGCAUGGUGGAAAUACUGAAAUUGAUGGGAAUCCUGAAAGAAAAGACAAAUCGUGCUAACACCGAAAAAUUAUGCGAAGUUUCUGCAUUCAUCAUGAAUGCGGUGGAAGACUCCAGAGGAUGGAAGAGAAGAAUACUCUUAGACGUGAUGCUACUACUCUUCGAUUGCGCGGAAAUCAAUGCUGAAGAUCAGUCCUUCAAUUGGUCUUUGAUUUCGGUAUUAUUCUCGCGAGUUUCGCACAGUCCAGACCUUCCCCUCGACUUCCUCAUAAAGCUAUGUAAUUAUCUAACAAAAAAUGCUCAUCGAUUGAAUUCCACGAGUGAAGAGUACGUCCCAGUGCUCUCGAACUUAUUUUGCUUUUUGCUGGAACACAAGAGUGAUUUCGUUCGUCAGGAGGCACUCGAGGCUUACGAUCACAUCGUCGAGACGUGUAGAAAUGAUGAUUUAGUCAGGAAGAUUACGAGGAUCAUUGCGCAGCGUCCCAAACUUCGUGAAAUAGUCCCCGCAUACUUGAAAAAGGAGCUAUUGGAAGAAAUUCCUUCCAUCAUUGACUACUUGAAGACUCUCUCAAGGAAGACAAUGAAGUUUUCUAUGAUACACCCCCACAAAUGUCAAGAAGAAGAAGAAGAAGAAGAAGAAGAAGAGGCUGAACACGAUGACAAACGAUUCAAGUCUAAACGUGAAGAUUUAGAAGAAAAAGCAGAGAGUGUUUGUGAGAACUUGAGGAUUCUAUCCGGCGAAAGAAGUGAUUUGGAUCCUAGGAUGCUCGAGAGAUUGAAGAAUGUGUGUCGAACAUUUUUGAAAGAAUAGGAGAUAGUGGAUAGUAUUUUUUUAUGAUUGUAUUAUGAAAAAAACAAGUACCGAAAGACUUUUGAA